AUGGAUAUGCCCUAUGGCAUCCCACCAGACGAGUAUGCUCUAGCUCUUUUAACACAAGUCGCUAUGAAUAGCCGUUCCACACAUGACAAUUCUGGCCUUCGGCCCUCAUCACCCGAGCUGCCCGCCAACAUGGCACUACAGAUCAGUAAUCAACAAAACAGCAAUGCCCACUUUGAUAGCAGCAAUACAAAGACGCACCGCUCCUCUGACCUACCGAGCACCUACGAUACCUCUGUUUUGUCAACAUCCAACAUGACCACUAUGUUUGGUUCCACAUCGGGAAAUACCCACAAUCCCUAUCUGGACUCCGCCUUUCGAGGUAUUGGAAACCAAAUAAAUAGGAAUUAUGUCAACAACCUGGGGAUUUUGAGUGCGGAGACUUAUAAUAACGGCUCAGUGGAGCGGUCUACUGCGCAUGAGCCCCCAAAACAAGGAAAUGAUCCGGAAAUGCCUUUUGGUUUGGUAGAUGGGCAUUUUUCUAGAAAAGAUCCAGAAGUUGAAGUGAGUGAGGAUACCAUGGAAGUUCCAGAACUUGAACCUGCCGGCAAAAAGAAGAAGCAGAAGAGGAGAGUGGAGAAUAUCAGUGGCGAUGAUGAGGAUGGCAAGAAGAAGUCAAGAGGUCGGCCAAGGGUAGACACCAAGGACGAGACCGCCGCCGAUCGGCGGAGAACUCAAAUACGUAUGGCACAGCGAGCCUAUCGCAACCGCAAGGAGACAACGAUCUCUUCAUUAGAGAAGAAGGUUCAGGAUUUAAGAGGAACAAAUGAGGAAAUGAGCAACAUCUUUAUCACGCUCUAUGACUUUGCUGUUGGAAGAGGACUUCUUCAACGGGAGCCAGAAUUUGGUCAGCAACUUCAGUCUACUACCGAGAGGUUCCUUGCGCUCGCAAAAGCAAGCAAUGAAGAUUUGAUCCAAGAUGAUCAUAGCGAAGGACCAGAAAAGAACGACACACUUCUUGAAGAGAUGGAGGCUGGUCCUCCCAAGAAGAAGGGUAAAAGAUCCCAAGCCAAAAAUCGCAAAGACUCGACGCCUCCCACUGCAGCUCCUAUUACUACUCCAGAGACUCCUGCAUGGGGAGGGUAUCAAGUGGACCACUCGCGGGAACAAUUGAGCGACAACCAACCAGACUUUGAAAUGCAAUCUUAUGAUUAUAGGCCUCGGGAUGUCCAGGUUGUAACGAGACCAACACAAGACAAUGCCAGCUUUCCUUUUGAUUUCAACAUGGAUGACCUUCAGAGCUAUAGGGUCGAACUGGCUCCUACAGAUGACUUGUCGCAGUUUUUCCUUCCUCUGUCGCAACCACCGCUGCCACGAUCGCACGCUUAUGGGGAGUUCUCGUUCGGUCGGCGGUUACUUCGAGAGGCGUUGGAAGGUGCGAUGCGACUACUCUCCGUGCCGGAUUUACCUAGAUCUGUCUGGAAGAAAGUCUUCAGCUUCUCUGGAGAGUACCAAGAAAAAGAUGCAAUCAAAGCGAGAAUCAGCAAGAUACUCGAACAACCAGCGAAGAGCAGCCUUCAAAAUUGGAAGGCGCCAUGGACCAACAUUGGAGGUGCCGGCACAUUCUAUCCAUUACCCCAGGACAACGUCAACGAGGAUCUUAUGCCCAAGAUCAGGCCAGGCUACUCUAUGGGCCCGCACACCAGUCGAGUGACGGAAGUCGAAGAUUUGUUGGACGAAAAUCUGUAUUGCAACAAGCCAGGACUCGAGGGAGAAUUCUUCGAUGCGAACGACGUGGAACAAUAUCUCAGGAGCCGUGGACUUGAGAUCCCAGAGAAUGCCGAUACGGUCACUGCUCAGAUUGACCUAUCGAUAAUCUCUGAAGCAGCAAGCCCUAAGAGUGGAAGCAGUGUAUCUUCUGGAGUAUCGCCCGCGACUCCCAAGACGAGUCUUGCGAACUUUGUACUGCCGAGUUACGACAGUUCAGACACAAUAUACGAUGUGGACUCUGAGGGAAUCAGCAGUGACGCAUUCCCAUUCCCAUUGAUAUCAGCCAAGUGGACGCCUAAUGCUACGAACGAGAACAUAGAACCUUCUUUCUUCACCAUGGCAAAUGAAGGUUUCGCUAGGAUGACCCCGACGAUCGCCCAGAGUGACACUAGACCUACUAUAACGCUCAACGUUCGAACACUCAUCUCUGAAAUCAUCAGCCGUGCAGUCUGUCUGGAUCGCGCGCCUGGAUUCAGACCAUCCGACGUAAACGCUGCGAUUGUAGCUGCUGUUAGAGCCCACUAA